AAGAUAAGAGGAAGAGGAACGAGUCCCGAAAUUUCUCUCAUCCACAUCCCAUAAUUUAUUUUCCCCUUUUUUUCGGUCUGUCUGUCGUCAUUGCCUCAUUGGCGUUUGGGGCAGAACGUGACCGCGUUCAUCAAAGUAUUCGUCUUCGUCAUCAUCAGCAUCGAUUCCUUGGCAUUUCUGCUGCAUCACGAGGAUCAUCGUCAUCGAUUCCUUGCCAUUCUGCUGUAUCACGAAGAUCGGCAAGGAGCGGGUGAAGGGUGGAGGAUGAGUGGGUAUAAUAAAGGAGCGGUCAGGACGAGAACGCGUGUUGGGAAAUACGAGCUGGGAAAGACGGUUGGUGAGGGCAGCUUUGCCAAAGUCAAGAUCGCAAAAAAUUUGGAGUCCGGUGACGUCUUCGCCAUCAAAAUCCUCGACCUUAAUCAUGUUCUCCGGCACAAGAUGGUCGAGCAGAUUAAAAGAGAAAUUUCGACUAUGAAGCUAAUCAAGCAUCCAAAUGUCAUCAAAAUUUUUGAGGUUAUGGCCAGCAAAACAAAAAUCUACAUUGUCCUUGAGUUUGUUGAUGGUGGAGAGCUCUUCGACAAAAUAGCCAAGAGUGGAAGACUCAAAGAAGAGGAAGCCAGGAGAUAUUUUCAGCAACUAAUCAAUGCUGUAGAUUACUGCCACAGUAGAGGUGUUUAUCACAGAGAUUUGAAGCCCGAGAAUCUCCUCCUGGACUCCUAUGGAGUUCUCAAAGUUUCAGAUUUUGGAUUAAGUACAUUCUCUCAGCAAGUGCAGGAGGAUGGGCUGCUGCACACUGCAUGUGGAACACCAAAUUAUGUUGCCCCUGAGGUGUUGGAUGACAAAGGUUAUGAUGGUAAAGCAUCAGAUGUAUGGUCCUGUGGUGUAAUUUUGUUUGUACUUAUGGCUGGGUACUUGCCUUUUGAUGAACCAAAUCUCAUUGCUUUGUAUAGAAAGAUCUGUAAAGCUGAUUUCGCAAGUCCUCCAUGGUUUUCAGCUGGCGCUAAGAAACUCAUCACACGUAUUCUUGACCCAAAUCCCCUUACACGGAUAACCAUUCCUGAAAUUCUUGAAGACGAAUGGUUCAAGAAAGGGUACAAGCCACCGCAGUUUGAGCAGGAGGAGGAUGUGAACCUUGAUGAUGUUGAUGCUGUUUUUAAUUACUCACAGGUUCAUCUUGUAACUGAAAAGAAAGAGAAACCGGAGUCAAUGAAUGCUUUUGAGCUCAUAUCCAGAUGUCAGGGGCUGAAUCUUGAAAACUUGUUCGAGAAACAGGGCCUGGUUAAGCGAGAAACCCGGUUCACCUCCCAAAGAUCACCUAACGAGAUUAUGUCUAAAAUUGAGGAAGCUGCAAAACCUUUGGGCUUUAAUGUCCAUAAAAGAAACUACAAGAUGAAGCUACGAGGUGACAAAACAGGACGGAAAGGUCAUCUUUCUGUAGCUACGGAGGUCUUUGAAGUAGCCCCAUCUCUCCACAUGGUGGAGCUAAGGAAAACUGGUGGUGACACUCUGGAGUUUCAUAAGUUUUACAAGACUUUCUCCUCAGGAUUAAAAGAUAUCGUCUGGAAAUCUGAUGAAAAUGCUGAACAAUUUUAGGUUGCAAAGAAUGUGGCUCUCCGUGGAUUACUCUGAUUUGGCCUGGGUCAUUCGACUUAUAUAUGCUGAGAAGACGGAUCUGAGGAUUUGUGAAUUCAGGAAGAUUGACUGGAAAAUGAGCUCCCGACCUCUUGGUUCUCCUGCCACAUUCCUCGGGGUGCGGCAUCUCUUUCCUUUGACCCGGGAUUGUAGAUCAGUUGAUGCAACUGUUUAUGAUUCCCUAGAUCAACGUGACAAGUGACAGAACUAAUGAGUUAUGCAAUUCAUUAUUAGUCAAUUCGGUUUUCUACCAUGAAAUAACAAAUCCGAAUCAGGGUUAACCUUAUCACCCAUACCCAACUGUUAACUGUUAGGUUGUGUUUGAUUACAACUUUAAGUGCUUAAAAUUUAUUUACAAGGAAGUUAUAUGGGAAAAUGAAUAUGAGAGAGAGAUGAAAGAUAAUCGUCGAAUUUAUUUAAUUAUUAAGUUAAAAAUCACUUAAUGAGUAGGGGAAAAAAUUGAUAUUAUAAAAUAAGUCAUUUUUCAUUUAUUGAUGUUAUUUUUCCUCAAAAUAUUUUUUCAUUCUUAUUAUUCAUUCCCUCUUUCUAUACAUUUCUUUCUUUAAUUUUAAUUUUUACACACUUAAUUUAUCAAACAUCACCUUACUAUUUAACUGACAAUAUCCAUUUAAUGUGGAAAAAGAGUAAAUGAAAUUAUAGUCUGGGAAGAAAAUCUCAAAUGAGUAUUCGCUGAUGCCGGGAUUGAUAUUCAAAUGGGUAGUAUUUGGGGAUAAUUUUUUCCCAGUGAUUUAACUUGAAAAAGGAAACUAUUGAGGAUUUGCUAUAGGUAAUAGGACUUAACAAGUCACAUAUUUUAAUAGCCCUAUUACUGUUAAAUUAUUGGUACACUAGCUGGCUCAUUUCAUUUCAUGUAAUGAGUUAACAUGUGGGAAGAUAUUAUAGUAGAUUGAGCUUGGAAAGGGGACGAGAGAUAGAGAGGAGAGCAGCCUAUCCCUUCCCACACCAUAAAAUGCCUAUCACCACGGCCAUGUCAGCAACCUAUUCUAAUCCUCUCAUCAUCACCAAAACGAGUGGCUGUCACGCUCCCCACUUCAUAUAUCCCAACAAAUAAGUGCUGAGGGGGCAAAAAAAAAAAA